AUGUAUCAGUUAGCCAAUACCAUCACUGAGGCAUGGAUGAUUGGUGGUGAUUUUAAUGUGCCUCAAGAUGUGGAGGACUUUGCCUUUUGUGUGAAUUCAUGUGAACUGGAGGAGAUUAGUUUUAAGGGCAGUCCUUUUACAUGGUGGAAUGGUAGAGCUAGAGAUGAUUGUAUUUUUGAAAGGUUGGAUAGAAUGUUGAUUAAUGCUCCUUUGCAAAACUGGUUUAGUAGCUUGGAAGUGGAACAACUGGCUAGGACAGGUUCGGAUCAUACUCCUCUAUUGUGUACUUAUGGAGAAAUAGAUAAAAAUCAGUACAAGCCUUUAAAAUUUUUGAAGUUUUGGGUGGAACGUGAUUUUUUCAUUGACACUGUGAAACAUAAUUGGCCAGGGGAUAUUUUCAAGCAGAUCAUUAUUAGGAAGGAGAUAGUCAGAAUUAAAGAAGAACUAUUUGAAGAGGAUCCUUCUCAUGUCAAUAGGUGUGUGCUGCAGAAUGCGGAGACUGAAAUAAAGAAAUACUUACAGUAUCAAGAAGACUAUUGGAGAAAGAAAUCUGGUCUUGACUGGUUAGUAGAGGGUGACAGGAAUACAAAGUUUUUUCAUACUAUUGUGAAAGGAAGAAGAAAGAAGCUACAGAUCAGGAAAAUUCAGAAUUCAGAAGGGGAUUGGAUUGAGGAGGAGGAUCAAAUAGCUGCCGAAGCAAUCUCAUUCUAUGAAAUAAUAGUUCACUCUGGAGAAUUUUGA